CGCACCGCUGCGAGGUUGGAGAGACGGACAGUGCGGCAGGAAAACCGCAACAACGCGCACCGUGGUUGAUUACAAACGGGACGUCAAAAAACACGGGCUAUUCUCAGAGGAAUGUGUAAACAUGAACCGAAACGCGUCACUCGCGACUCAUAGAGGACAAUUGUGGAGUUUUUCUUCAUUCGUUAUCACUGUGGAAAAGGAGACGCUGAAUUCCAUCUGAAUUCCAAGGGGAGCCUUGACAUCUCUUCUGAACCAGCCCGUCUGAAUGGUUGCGCGGAGGAGAUGACUGGAAAAUACAAAGAGCAGCGAGUCAAUGUGCCAACGUGGAGUCAGGGACAAAUAUCUAUGUAGACAACUGCUGAAACAUUUAUUUUCCUCUGCUUAUUUACAGUUUAAAGAAACACACUGCAUCUCAACAAGUCAAUUAUUCUGCAUGAAAUUCCAUUAGCGGGGAUGCCCUCGUUCUCUGUUGCCUAAUAGGGAGCUUAAAUCCAAGAAGUGAAAGAUGGGUGAAGUUCAAGACAUCAAGGAUGUUAAAAAGAUAUUUAUUGCUCCGGCAAUAAAGUAUUUUGAUCACUACGACUUCGCGAGAGCCAAGAUUGGUUGCAGCCUAAAGUGGUUGGUGACCAAGGCGUAUGGGACAGACGGCGUCCCAGCAGACCUGCGGGACCCCUUCUACACGGACCAGUACGACCAGGAGCACCUGAAGCCCCCCGUGGUCAGCCUCCUCCUGUCCGCCGACCUCUACCGGAGGGCCGGCAGCCACAUCCUGAAGAGUGACCCGGCCGCCGGGCCUCUUCUGGGGCACGACGCCGUAAUCCAGGCCCUGGCUCAGAGAGGCCUCUACGUCACCGAACAGGAGAGGCUUGUCACAGAGAGAGACCUUCAUAGGAGACCUCUGCAAAUGGUAAGGGCACUGGAGGGAUACGGGGACAUUUGAGAGGUUUAGGGGGAC